AUGGCCGGACGAGGUGUGGUACAUGAAGCUGGGCCCAGGAUCCGGAAAAACUCCCUCCCCGCGCGCACGGGAUGUAGGCGGCGUUCAGAGCUCAGCAAACUUGGAGACCAGCGGCCCGCUCGCUCCGCCUUUUCGUCCCCGACCCCGGGCCAGGCACAGAAGGAACUGGCCCCGAGCGCCCUCGGAGAGCGGGGCUCCAUCUCCCCGCCCCUCUAUCCAUUUUCGCUUUCGCGCCUCGGGCGCAAUAUAACCCGUGGCAGCGGAGAGGGAUCUAGUGGCCGCGACUCCCUCCGCCUCCUCCGGGAUCCACCGAGGACACGAGUUUAUACUUUAAAGCCACUGGAUUUCUUGAACCUGUAUUCUUGGUCUUGGAACUUGUUCAUUGCCUCACCUUCAUUAAGGAUGGCAGAUGAGUUGGAGUCUAAAGUGCAGCAAGGAGCAAGUGAUGUAGAAGAAGAAGAAGAUGAUGAUGAUGACCUUGUGGACGCCAAGCCUGAUCGAUCCACCUUCCUGUCAAUGAUCAGUAAGAAAAAGAAAAAUGGAACAGAGAAGUCAAACCAAUCUGGGCAUGAUCAUAAGCGAGUAGUUGUGCCCAAAUUCCAAUAUAAUAUGAAUUACAAGAAGGUCGGCAAAUGCAUCAUAAUAAAUAACAAGCAAUUUGAUGUUAAAACGGGUAUGGGCACAAGGAAUGGCACAGAUAAAGAUGCUGAAGGACUAUACAAGUGUUUCAAAAACUUAGGCUUUGACGUGAUAGUCUAUAACAACCGCUCCUGUGUCGACAUGCAGAACCUGCUCAAACAAGUUUCUCAAGAGGAUCAUACUGAUUCAGCCUGCUUUGCCUGUAUCCUGCUGAGCCAUGGAGAAGAGGAUCUAAUUUAUGGGACAGAUGGAGUGACCCCUAUAAAAGAUCUGACGGUCCACUUCAGGGGAGAUAAAUGCAGGAGCCUCUUAGGGAAGCCCAAAUUAUUUUUCAUUCAGGCUUGCCGAGGUAAUGAGUUUGAUGAUGGAAUCCAGACAGACUCCGGACCCAUAAAUGAUGCAAAUGCUAAUCCUGGAUGCAAGAUACCAGUUGAAGCUGAUUUUCUCUUUGCCUAUUCCACAGUUCCAGGCUAUUAUUCAUGGAGGAAUCCAGGAAAGGGCUCUUGGUUUGUGCAGGCCCUCUGCUCUGUACUAAAUGAGGACGGGAAAAGCCUGGAAAUCAUGCAGAUCCUCACGCGAGUGAACUACAGAGUGGCCAUGGACUUUGAAUCUCAGUCCGACAACCCUUCUUUCAAUGAGAAGAAACAGAUUCCAUGCAUGGUCUCCAUGCUCACCAAAGAACUCUACUUUUGACAACAUACUCAACCACAGCAAGGAUUUUUCAAUCAGGAACUAUUGAUCUUUCUCAUUAAACAAACAAACAAACAAACCCUCUCUAAUUUGUUUUGAUGUUGCAACUUAUGAUCUUAAAUCUUCUCAAUUCAGCAGAACACACUUCAAGUGUUUCUUGGUGCUUUUAAAAAUUUUCAAAGAGUCAAUAAUUUUUUAAUUAUAGUUUUGUUUCAUGACUUUGUAAUUAUCUCAAGAAUCAGAGAUAAGGAGCAAAGGGUUUGUUGAUGAUUUCUUUUGAAUCUUUAUGGAAUGUUGUGCAAACAACAAAAGUGACCUCUCCGUUGGCUGCUCAGGGUGUACCUCUUGAUUGUAAUAGAUCUGGGAAGAAAUACACAUCUACAUCAUCAAAUAAAGUUGCUGCUGUCAGUCUUGGAAAG